GUUCUUAGUAAACUGUCAUUCAUACUCUGUGUAUUCAUCUUCCUCUGUGUGUACCAUGAUUACUAGUAUAUAUCUUUGAGUCGGUUAUGGCCUUAGGAUUUUCUACAGCAACAGCAACAGCAACAUAACAAUAACACAAAACAAUCUUCCCUUGUCAAAGUAUAUUUCCUGCUUUAUUACUCUCUUUUUCUACCAAAAAUGAAUCACUGGCCUCCACUCAUCUCCUUAUAUUCUGGCUGAUGCCGUGCCUGAGGAAUUGGGGCCCGCUCAUUGGCUGAGCGGCAGUCCAAUGCCGCCCGCUCGAACGGACCGGUCGAGACGUGACAGACAGACAGAUAUCUAGACAGACAUCUGCAGCCACUCGCAACACCGCCAGUCCAAGACUGCUGGGCUUGCCUUUCAGCAGUUCCUGGGCCAUCCAGACUGGAUUUUCUCCUCCAAUGCGAAGUGACUCGCCAUGUUCCGUCCCCCGAUAGUGCGCGCGUUCUCCCGCGUUUCGCCCCGGCCGGCAACGACCUCGAGCUCUUCCCGCAUCGCAUCACGCAUCCUGACCCCAGUACAAGCCUUUCGCCGCUUCCAAUGCCGUCCUUUCUCUAGAUCCGCUCGUAAAAAUGGGUGGGAAAGCAACAAGUACAAGCGGCCCGAGGACUGGACGCAUAUCUCGAAUCUUUUCAACUUAAAGAACUUGAUAUACCCGGUCACUGCCGUACUUGCUUUCUAUUUUUAUAACCUUGAAACCGAUGAGGUAACAGGCCGCACGCGAUUUAUUUGGAUUCCUCGCUGGAUGGAGAACCAGUUGGUAGACAAUGAAUACCGGCGUCUUCUCCACGGCUUUGCUGGAAAUGGCCUCUUGCCCGAUAAUCACCCACUCACCAUGGAGGUGCAAGAAAUUCUGGACCGACUGGUUGCUCAUGCACCUGUACAUGAUGCCGACUGGAAAGUGCAUAUCGUCCAUGACCUGACGGUACAGAACGCAUUUGUCCUUCCAAAUGGCAAGGUAUUCGUAUUCUCGGGCAUGUUGAUACCUCUCGAUGAUGCCGAUGGUCUUGCGGGCGUGCUGGGCCAUGAAAUUGGCCAUGUGCUUGCUCGUCACCUCGCAGAACACUUGAGCUCCAGACCAUUCAUUGCUCUCGCUCAAUCUCUGUUCGUCAACACUUUUGGCCGCCUCGGAUUUUUUGUGUCCGAUGCGAUCAAUACUUUUGACGAAGUGCGCAAUACGCGAUCGGUGGAGGCCGAGGCCGACAACAUCGGACUGAUGCUAAUAGCCAAGGCUUGUUACAACCCCCGCGCUGCGGUCAAUUUCUGGGAACGCUGCUCCAAGAACGUCAAAAACCUCCCCCCACCUGAACUCCUGUUGUCACAUCCAUUGCCAUUCGAACGAAUGCAAGCAUUGAGCGAGAGGCUCUACAGAGCAGAAGCCCUCUACGAAGACAGCGGAUGCCAUCUUCUUCGCGGCUACAUCUCCGGCUUCGGCGACGCAGCUGAUCAUUACGCCCACUGGGACACAGACAAGUACGAUCCCAAACUUAGGGGUAAUGGGAAACAUUGACUACGGAGAUGAAUGGAUCUUUCUCCUAUCAUUUCCCCUUACCCCCAUCCAGCACUGCGACUUUCCCAGCGAAACAUCAUCAUCUUGUCUUCUUCCUAUCACACUAGACAUAGCGUCCUCAUCCCAAGGGACACGUUCAAUGCCUUUUGUAUUUAUCUAUCUACAUAUCCAUUUAACACCGCAAUCUUUUAAAUUAACCCAUUCCGGUCUC